AGAAGGAAAGCGAGAAAGCACAGUCUCUCUCUCUCUCUCUCUCUCUCUCUCUCGCUUGCAUUAAUUCCGCUAAAAUUCCCCUGUUUCCUUGCUCAAAUUCCGCUAAAAAAUUCUCCGAAUUCUCUUACGAAAUGAUUGAUCUCGAGUUCUUGAGGGAUCCGUAGCUUUGAUUUGCUCAAAGUUUUGAUUUUUUUUUUUGAGGGGGGUGGAAUUGGUUCGGUGGAGUGGAGGUGGGGGUGGGGGGGAGUGGAGGGAGGAGGAGUGGAAUGCUGGAGGCCGUUGUGCGGGAGAUGAACGGUGGAUACGGGCUGACGCAGCAGAGCUGCGGGGAGAGCAGCGAGGAGGAGCUAUCGGUGCUACCGCGGCACACCAAGGUGGUGGUGACCGGCAACAACCGGACCAAAUCCGUGCUUGUCGGCCUCCAGGGGGUCGUCAAGAAGGCCGUCGGCCUAGGCGGGUGGCAUUGGCUGGUCCUGACUAAUGGCAUAGAGGUGAAGCUGCAAAGAAAUGCACUUAGUGUGAUUGAAGCCCCAACUGGUCAUGAGGAGGAUGAUGAGAUUGGAUGUGAAAAUAUGCAGUGGAAUGUUUCUGACAUGGCAUCUGAUGACACACAAUCACAAAAGCCACACAGAUCCAGAAGUAGACAGCACAAAGGGUCUUCUGGCAAAUCCUCGAGCCGGUCUCAUUCGUGUGAUUCUCAAUCUAAGGGAUCUGUUUCAUCCUCCAGGGGCACAACGAAAGUUGACCUGAGCAAGCUAGAAACAACAGCAUUAUGGAGAUAUUGGCGUCACUUCAAUCUUGUGGCUGCAAGUCCUAACCCCUCCAAGGAGCAGCUAAUUGAAGCAGUUCAGAGGCAUUUCAUGUCACAGCAAUUGGAUGAGUUGCAGGUUAUUGUAGGGUUCGCGCAGGCUGCAAAGAGACUCAAAACUGUCUGCAAUUGACCUGGGGAGAAGCUUUCCAUCUCAAUGCUAACAGAUUGGAAGUAGGCCUUUCGAUGUCUGUAGCUAUACUAUGUAACAUAUGUAUCCUGGCUUUGGUUACCAGAACAGCUUGGGUAACUGGUUUUUUCAUAACUGGAGGUUACUUUUAGUCCUGUAAUGUAGAUAUAUACACUGUUAAAGACCUUGAAGCCAUCAUGGCUUUCGACAUUGCCAAUGCUGCACUGCUGACUAUUUUGGGAGGAAAUGCCAUGUUUCUGUUUAACUGCUUA